AUGCAAAGUAAAAACGAGGCCAGGAGAACACAGAUCGUGCUGGACAAACGUCGUAGCCGUGUCGUCAGUGGCCAGACAGGGCGGACAGAACUGGAGUGCUCCAGCUGGGGUGUCCCUCCCGCCUGGCCCCUCGCCCCCACCAGGGGUCUGCCGCUGGAGGAGCAAAGGAGGGGCCAGGACUCUGCUCGGCAGCAUCGAGCGCAGCGCUGGGGGGACCCGCCGCCCCAGGCUCUGCGCCGGCCUCGGCCACCCACGCCUCUUGGAGCACACAUUUUCCCAUCUCAGAAUGAAGACUAA